AUGUACAAUGACAUGCUGGACGACAAUUACUGGCAAAGGGUUAUGGUAGAGCGGCGCAAAGUUUUCCAGCUAAACUAUAAUCCUCGGAUGCAAAUUUUUAUUGCCUGCUCUGCGGAAGCGUACGCCUUAUCCUGCAGCGGCGAAGUCCUCGUGUAUGUCGGGCAGCGACAAGGGGCAAAAGGCGGAAUCGGUGCUUUCCAAACUCCUGUCCCUAAACCGACCGAUCCGAACCCGGGUCCCAACAUUCUACGCACUUAUGAACUUCCAACUUUGCAACGCAACAAUGCUGUCACGCGUGUUGUUAGCGUUGACGUCUCCAACAAUUUUCAGGAAGACGUCGACUGGGAAAAUGGACAAUCGGCGCCGGGACUGGAUAACCCUCUCCUACCCGAAAGUCCAGCAAGUGCCCUGCCCGUCCCAGAUGUUCCUGACGGACUCCAAAUAUCAAGAAGAGACGUUAACGACACAGACGCCGAUGUUCCAUCCCUCUGUCCCAUCGCAGCCGCCGCGGCAGAUGCUACUCCUGGUUCCACGUCCUCUUCACCUGCAUCCUCAACCACUUCUCCACCAGCCCUGCCCAAACCAUCAUGCGUCUUGCAUGAGCAGGAUCCGGAUCAAGGCAUAACACAAGCAUUCUGCCUCUGUGACAGAACGGCGACUCUGUCCCCACUGUCUGUGCCCUUGACAGGUCAUCAGACCGACAGCUGUGCUUACGCCACCAUCCCGGCUACAGGCAAAGAAACUGUCGUAACAUUUGCAUCGACGUACACCAAGAACUGCCAGGGCUGCACUCAAGUUGGAUUCAAUGCUCCUACAUGCACGAGUGUUCUUAAGUGUACUCCCACCAGUGCAGAGGUUACUGUCCAAGCAGGAAGCUCUCCAUUACACGUAGGCACACUGACCGGCACAGCUCUUUACACAUCUGUUUCUAGCGCCCUAGAAAAGCUGUGUCCGACAGUGACCCAGACUAAGAGCUCCACCGCCUGCGAGACAGGCAGCGUGAUUGUCCGGGACAUUGACUACGUCAACGCCGGCAGCCUCGACACCAACGGCGAACUAGUGAUAAAAGUCGCCGCCAGUUCGUACAACUCGACCACCCUCCGCGACGCGAUGAUAAGGUCCGCGGCUCUGACCGCGCAGAAGGGCUCCGAGCAGCAAAGCUCGUGCUCCAACCAGACGUACACGACCAUUUUCAAGCGCGGCGUGCUGCCCCCGCCUUCGCGGAUCCACGGCAGACGGAGCAGCUUGUUUGCAGGCUAUGCCCGGGACCGUCCCGAACCAGUCGUGGCAAAAGGCGUCUUUUGCAACACCGCGGCCUUUGCCGGCGUGGGAUACUUUUCGGCCGAAUGGCGAAAGGCCCAAAAUCCGGGUGCGGAAGCAUACAUCGACGCCACGUGGGAGUUCCAAGCCGAGCCCGGCGGAGACUUUUUGUGCGACUUCAUCGAGGAUCUGGAGCUGGGGUUGGCAGUCGUGGCGCCAGAGUUCGCUGCAGGGGACGUUGCGUUGGCUCCGGAGGUACAAGCGUUUUGCGGCGGUGCCUUUGACCGGUGA